AGCCACAGCAACUAAGUCAGCAACAAUCACAGCAGCAACCCCAGCAGCAGUCGCAGCCACAACCAGUUCAGCAUCAGACAAUGCAAAUACCACUGCCACAGACUCAGUCUCCACAACCACAACCUCAGCCAGCACAGUUACAGCCACAACCACUUUCGCAACCAGYCCUGGCGAAGUAUCCAAUCACACAGCAAGCCAAACCCUUAUCAUCUCCUUCGCCCCCACCGAGCAUAGCCUCUACACCUCACAACGGUCCAUAUGUAAAAGUGAAAUUCAAAAGCAAAAAUUCGUCACGAAUCUGUGCACCAGGCCCCCCACUGAAACCAAAUCCAAGAUUCAAAAAUUGUCUAGUGAUUGGAGACUCUAUUGCUAUUGGUUAUCUCAGAACGGUCAAGCUGCUUCUGCGUGAAAUGUGCCAAGUUCAACACGCUCCAUUCGCGCGUGGCUCAGGYGCUGUUGAUUCAAGACAUGGCGUUGAGUGCCUUUCGAUGUUGCUMAAAACAACUGCGAUGGAGCCAACACAUUACGAUGCAAUUAUCUUUAAUUUUGGUAUGCAUGACAUCAACUAUAGCAAGAGAUUUCCAGAGGAACAUGUGUCGUUUAAAGAAUAUAAGAAAAAUCUAAAGAUCCUCAAGCAAACAUUCUUAGCCACUGGAGCCAAGGUUGCUUACGCCCUCACGACGCCACACAUAAGUAGUAAGGACCGUAACGAUCGAAUAAAAAAAUACAACAAGGGAGCAAUAAGUGUUAUGAAGUCUGGUCAUUCAGUUCCAGUCAUCAACCUGUAUGACGUCAUUGUCAAUCGAUGUAGUGAGCCUGGAAACAAUAAAUUCUGUUCCAUCAUGAAAGGGAAAGGUGACGUGCAUUACAAUGAAGAAGGCUGCCGUUUACUGGGAGUAAGAGUAGCUGCAACAUUUGCGACACUGAUAAAUCAAAGAGCGACAAAAAAGCAUACUCAAUCUAGGCCACGCCCUCGUUUCCUUGGACAACUUUACCUUGACAGAUAUUCCUCGGUUAAUGCAGUCACGUGCCCUGAUGCGCUGACCCGAUGCCCAGUAGGAACCACGUGCUGUGAAAGCUUCUUGUCAYUGACAGGAUAUGGCUGCUGUAUGAUGCAGGAUGCUGUCACUUGCCAAGACAACUGGCACUGCUGCCCARUUGGAACSAUGUGCUCACCAACAUGUAACGUUCGUGAGUGUCACUGCAUCACCUAUCUUCCAAGCAGCAAAGGAAAAACAAUCAAGAAGAAAAUAAAAGCAAAAGUAUCACUGCACGGUAAACACUUGAAGAAGAAAAAGAAAAGCGCCUCUCAUCCACGAGUACGAGUUCGGGUACUGAAGAAAUUGAAGAGAAGGAAAAACAGACCUGGGAAACAUAGCGGCGAAGCUAAAGUCCCUAAUUUAAGCACCAUGCUUAGUAAACAUAAAUUUGUGAAAAACACCACAGAUCGACCWGAUAAUAAUACCGUUGAGCUAGCGCAUCUCAUAGAGCACCACCAUAAGGCGGCAUAUCAGGAUUUGAAGACGUAUCUCUCUGGAAAUGAUGCUCAUCACAAUCACCACCGCCGCCGCCAUCACCACCAUCAUCAUCAUCACCGUCAUCAUCAACAUCAUCAUAAUCAUCAUGAACAACAAUAUAGUCAUCGUCAUCAUCACAUUUCUGAGGAAGACGACAUUUCUGGUUCUAUGCCAGAAAGCACCAAAAAAUCUAAUAAAAAAAGAAAAUCAUUGAAAAUCAAGCAAAUUUCAAACAGUGGAAGCGAGUCUGGAAUUCUGGAUGACAAACACGACUUGGCCGGCAGUGCACAAAUGUUUAAUUCCUCUGGAGAAAAGGAUGUAAUGUCAUACAAUGACGACAUUAUCUUAGGUUCUGGUGAAGAGUACGUUAGGGGAAGUGGAAUGCGUGAUAGCGACGAUGAUAUACAAGGAACAAUAGGAAAUCGAAUGCGUAACACAAUUUCUCCAGUUGAUCCAUUCRAUGAAGUCUUAAAAUCUUCUUCAAAACCCAAUAAAGGGAAUAAUAAAACUAAAUCCCAAYCUUUUCGCGGUAAAGGCCACAAGAGGAACAAACUAAAGAGCUAUCUUUCGUCCAAUGAAACAGUAAAGAAUAAAUAUUUCAAUGCGCCAUUGUCAAGUGGAGAUSUUUGGAACGCAAAUGAAUUCAGUGGUGAACGUAUUGCAUUAAAACACGCAGCGCAUAACGCAAACGCUAAUACUGCAAACAAAAACUCUACAUUGCAUGGCCAUCACGCAAUACGUAAGACAUUUCUUGAUAGUAAAGUUGGAUUGGAUGACGGCGAGAAUGAUGAACUCUUWAGCAGUGAAUUUGAAGAUACCGAUGRAAGCGCUGACCAUGACUUUGAUUUAAUGAUGAGUGCGUCCACUAGUGGAACUAAAGAUGAUAUUUCAAAUGAUGGAAAAGAAAACCUAAGCGAUGAAGAUGAAGAUGAAGAAAAGCAAAGUGGACAGGGAGAAAAGCAAAGUGGACAGGGAGUAAACCAAAGUGGACAGGGAGUAAACCAAAGUGGUCAGGAAGUAAAUCAAAGUGGCCAGGAAGUGAAUCAAAGUGGCCAGGAAGUAAGCCAAAGUGGCCAGGAAGUAAGCCAAAGUGGCCAGGAAGUAAGCCAAAGUGGCCAGGAAGUAAGCCAAAGUGGCCAGGAAGUGAAUCAAAGUGGCCAUGAAGUAAACCAAAGUGAACAGGGAGAAAACCAAAGUGAACAGGGAGAAAACCAAAGUGGCCAGGAAGUAAACCAAAGUGGCCAGGAAAUAAACCAAAGUGGCCAAGAAGCAAAUCGAAGUAACCAGGUUGUAAACCAAAGUGGCCAGGGAGCAAACCAAAGUGGCCAGGAAGUAAAUCAAAUUGGCCAAGAUAUAAAUCAAAGUGGACAGGGACUUAACCAAAGUGGACACGAUAUCAACCAAAGUGGCCAGGAAGUAAACCAAAGUGAACAGGAAGUAGACCAAAGUGGCCAAGAUAUAAAGCAAAGUGGCCUGGGGCUUAACCAAAGUGGACACGAUAUCAACCAAAGUGGCCAGGAAGUAAACCAAAGUGAACAGGAAGUAGACCAAAGUGGCCAAGAUAUAAAGCAAAGUGGCCUGGGGCUUAACCAAAGUGGACACGAUAUCAACCAAAGUGGCCAGGAAGAAGUAAACCAAAAUGAACAAGUAGUAAACCAAAGUGCCCAAGAAGUUAUGCAAAGUGGCCAGGAAGUAAACCAAAGUGGCAAAGAGGUAAACCAUAAUGUCCAGGAAAACCAGAGCGUCCAGGGGAAAAAACAGAAUGUAAGGGAAGAAAACCAGAGUGCCGAGGAAGGAAAAACAAAAUCAAAUUAUACAUUAACACCAUCGACUCAUUACAAUAAGCGUCCUAUCGACGAUCAUCUUAAUCUGAUGACCUUGAGCAAAGAAACUUGGGUGARGGGAGAAAGUGGUGGCRGUUCUAAAGAUGAUACUGAUGACAUUGAGGGAAGGCCAGACGAUAAUGUUACCAGAAUAGAUCCACCUUCCACUCAAGAGGCAUCAGGACAGAUCAAUAAAGAGUUAAGGAAUGAGCUUGUGCAACUUGAUCAGCUUCUAGAAGARGGUCCAAGUGGUAGUGGUGGUAGUAGUGGUGAAUAUGGAUCGUCCGAUAUKGUUGAGAAUCCCCUGGAACUUAAUGAAACUGAUAGGGACUCUGCAUUGAACACAGACCCACAGACAGACAAACGCUUAAWYUUUUUUAAAGAUGAYAAUAGAACUGGUCAAAGCAUAAAAGGUAAAGAAAACAUAAAUAGUAUAAAGACUGUUAAGAAAAAAAUAGAAAGUCAUAGUAGUGCAUGGCAGAAUCACGAAGAAUUGAUGAAUAAUCUUGAAAAGAAGAGAGYAUUUUCUCUAAAUCAACAAAAAUCAACAACGAAUUCUUCAAAUAUAAACGUGUCUGGCGUUAAUCAAUUCCAUGAGCCAUUGGAACUAGAAGAAAGUAUUCGAAACUUCACAAGAAAAGAUAAUACAGUCAAGGAUCAGCAAAUUUACCAGAGUGACAACAAUGUUGCAAUUCGAGCAGAAAAGGGACAACAGAGUGAAGUAAAACAUAACCUGUACGAGAACAAUUCAACGAAUAUCGUGCCAACUAACAGAAUAUCACAUAGUAGAGGACAAAAGAGAAAUGGGAAUCGUUUGGACUUAGAAAAGAACAUUCAGGAAGAUGAAAAAUUGUCAUUUGAGAGUAAUAGUAAAAUGGACAAUGUUUCUAGUGUGAAGGAUGACAUAAGCAACGAACGUUUCGACUCAAAAGACACUUCGUCGUCUGCAGGGGAAGACACUACCUUAGAAAAGUAUUUGCAUUUUUGA